AUGUCUGCGCUUGCGACUGAGCUGCGGCUUCAGCAGCUGGAGGCCCGCUUGGGCCAAGUGGAGGAGGCGUUGAGAUCCAUCCAGCAGACAGGGGCCAAUGGUGACAGUGGUUCCAGGGAAGAAGACCCGCUCCGGCGCCUCCAAACUCUUCAGAAGAACCUAGAAGAUGGUUACAGCGUCUCCUCCAGCGAGCUGAUCCAAACACAGUCGGAACGCUUCGAGGAGGCUCUCUUCACAUCGAACGGAGAUGAGAUACGCGAUGGAAUUACGACCAAAGGGCCGUGCUACGAGCUUCAGCACUCCGUCUGGGAUGCCUGUCUCUUCAUCGGCCUACCAACCUUGAGCAAAUGGGACUCGGCGCUGGCUGGAUUUCUGCUGCUGUUGAACAUCUUCACUCAGAUCGGCUUCGUGUUGGUCGUCCGUCACCACAUGCUGGAGGACAUUCUACAGCCAGAUCAGCUAACGCAGCUCCUCCGAUUCCGGACGAACGUGGCCCACGAUGUGAAAUAUGCCGACCUUGUCGGAGGUCGCUCCAUGGCCAGGCAAGUCUGCAGCCAGGAUGAAUCCCUUCAGUGGGCCAAUGCCCAAACAGGAGUGAUUUCAGACCUGAACGACUACAUCUCUGUCGGGCCUAUAUUGGCGCUGCUGGCUAUCGGCUGCUGGCUGUCCACGACCCUUCGGGAGUUAUUCAACAUCACGGGCUUCGUCAGUGCCAUCCGCAGAUACCCAAUAGGCGAGAGCACCUUGAUGGCUGCCGGGGAUGAUGGCGACAGCGGCGACGUUGUCAUCACACAGAUGUCACCAUUUCGGAAGUGGGUGCUCUUCUUCUUUGUCGCCUUGCCGCGCUUGGUGGUGGCUGUGUCUCUGGCGAUUACAGGCACGCGCUACCUCGCAAACACUCUGAGCCUCGCAGAUUUGAUCCUCAAUGCGGUGGCCCUGGCAUUCAUCCUGGACCUUGAUGAGCUGGUGGAGUCGGCCUUUAUGCCAAGAAGGGCGCGCUUCCUGCUGGACGCCUUGGGGACGCUGCCUAUUGCCCGCCUGGAGAUCCCAGGUAUUGGCCACAUGCGCGGUGGUUUCCAGGAGCGGAUGAAGAAUCUGCUGAAAGUUGCGCUUCUUCUUCUGGGUCUCGCUGUGGCCUGGUUGUGCUUGCUCCAACCACUGUACGACCGGGUGCGGCUGGCGCACAACAUUCUCUGCAGCGGCAGGCAAGACUUCAUCUACACCGUAAACUCGGCUACUGGCCUGGUCGAGGCCACAACUACAUUCUCGGACAACGGUGCCUUGACUGCCAACCAGAAGAGUGUGGUUCGACUGGCACAGGUGGAUUUGUUUUCCAUUCCAGGCUGGUAUAAGCAGCACGCCAUUGAGAGGUUCCAGAAGAACGGGGCACCUGCCAUCCUUCACAAAGCCGACGCCGGCGAGGAGGCCAGCAUGAAGUUGCUUUUCGAGAUAUUGAUGCUCGAGAAAAGCGAUGUCCAGCAAGCUGCGGCACGUCUCCCCUGCACGGAUGACGGCUUUCCGGCCAGUCUGGUCAGGGAUCGCCUGAGGGACGUCACGAACAAAACGGUGGGCAGCUGCAAGGAACUGGCAGAGAAGCCCGAUCUCUGCGCGGACAUUAGCAUGAACACCCUGCGAUCCCUGUGCCCGCAAACCUGUGGUUGUGAUGAGCCCAUCGAUGCUGCAGCUGCGGCAUUCGCGACAGUUCCUUUUGGCUGUCCGAAAAUGUGUAUGCCACAGAGGGCGACUUCGCCGAAGAUAAAGCGCGCGCCUUGUACGGACAUGACCCCCGAGCAAAUGGUUGCGAGCAGCUACAUGAAGCGUUAUUUUCAUGGUCUCCAUCAGCUGAAGCUCGGGAACGAGGAGAUGGGGAACGCCAGCGCGAAUGAGUACAUGAUGAGCUUGAACAGCAGCUACUACGAGCUUCUGCCU